AGAAUAUAGUAUAGGUCAUUGAAUAUCACAGUUUAAGAGAGAGCUCAUUUCGGAUAUUAAUUUUUCGAUUGUCGAAAUGAAAUGAACAAUUAUCUGGUUGUCGAUAUGAUGUUAAUUUGAUUUGAAGAACGCCAUCUGGUUCCGCGUGUCACCUAUCUUUGGUCUAUCCGUUCUUCUUCGUAAUGAGAGAAAUUGUAAUGACUAAUACCUGUGCAAUCUGUAUUGAAAGAAAAUUUUUCUUUCUAUUGUAAUCUCUUGCUCGUAACAGUAUUCGAAUGACACGCAAUUUUAUACAUUCACCCAACUUAUUCGGGUGCUUUUUAUAUGUAUUUUAUAAGUAGUACUUAUUGAAUAGCUGUGAUAACGACAUAAGUCAUCUGCGUCACUGGCUGUGUUCUUGAUUAUUUGUAGAUUUGUUUUGAAUCGUGAUAUGGCUGCGAUGAAACAAACGUUUUAUUAAUUCAGUAAGUUGGAGGAGUGCCUUUGUAAUAAUUUAUAUUGUAAAAUAAUUUGUAUUGUAAACAUCUGAGCAUUAUUAGGAAAAUUGAUAAUAACGACAGUUGUUACUUUCUGUCGUAAUGUACGAUGUUAUGAUGUUUUUUGUAACAAUAUGUACGGUUGAAUUUCAUUUUUUAGAUAGAUGAGAACUUUUGUUAAGACUAUUUUUAGAUUCUGUAUCGUGCACGCAUAUGUUCUGAAUUCUUGAGGAAUAAAUGGAUUACUUUUAAAACGUUCACCAUAAUUGUUUAUUUAUUGAGACGUCAUAUAAGUUUUGGUUGUCAAAGAAAUCAAGUUAAAAUUUUUGUUUCACACCUCACUCCUAUAUGACCCUUACUUUUGGGCUUCGAGAAAAUUAAAUAUGCCUGUGAAUGGUAGCCGUUGGAGCUACAGUUUUAAUGGCAGCCAGUGGAGAAAGUUCUUCGAAUGGAACAGAAAAUAAUUUCACUCGCUAUGAGAAUCAAAAUGUUUGCUCUCGCAAUGAAAUGCAAACUAAACAACAGAACGCAGAGUGUCUUGUUAAAAAGAGUAUGACAUCUUCUGCUAUGAAUAAGAAUAAGACUCGUACCUCCAUGUUGGAAAAAAACAGUCGUUUAAUUUCAAGAUCAGAGAAUAAAGAGAGUGGUAAGAUUCUGUCAUUGCAUAAGACAACGCCAAUUCGUGAAACUAAAGCUUCCAGAUUAAGGGCUGCCUCAAUUAUAUCUCCUAAUGGUGGAACAUUGGUUUCAAGAAGAUUAGGUAUGUCAGAAACAUCUGCUUCUUUAGGUCUCCAACCCAGGACUAGUUCAUCGAUGAAGGAUGAAAAUUCAAUAUUAGGUAACAGUAGUGCUAUAAAUCCUACAAGAAAAACUCAAUCUGAAUGUAAUGAUAGACGAACCAGAAGACAAUCAACUAAGCAAAGUUACAUAUCCAAUACAAUAUCUACUUCAAAUUCUACUAAUCAACGUCAGCUAACAACUAAUUUAAGUAAAAAAUCAGCUGAGUCAAAAACGACUUAUCCGAAAGCUAGUACUCAAUAUGCUACAAAUCAUCCGAAAACUUCUACAACGCCUUCCGUUAAUCCUCUGGCAAGCACUAAAUAUUCAAACAUACAACGAACUAGUGGUGGCCAUAGUGAUUCAGAAGUUUCACGAAGAGUUGAUGCGUUAACAGCAUUAACGAAGUCCGCGAUAGAACGCGUAGAAAGACUUACGUCGCAAGCAAAUUUGUCUUCAAAUUAUGGACCACAAUUGGAAAAUCAUUCGUCUAGCACGUUAUCUCAAGGAAACUCUACUAGUAAUAAAGAAAGUAAUAUGAAUAAUGCGCAUGUCUCACAAUCAUCGCCAAGAAAAUGUUCUAUUUUAAAGAAAUCGAAUGAUGAACAUUUUCAAGAUGGAUCCUUAAAUCAGCCGCACACGCCGGUUUCAAUUCUGAAACAUAAGAUGUCUGACAGCGAAGGGGUUCAAAAUUUGUCGAAUCUUACUCAUACAGUGUUACCAGUAACGUUUUCACCUUCUGUGGUAGAGCAUACCACCCAUAAGAGACACGGUAUUUUAAAAAAGCGCAGCAGCUUGGAUGAAAGUGAAAUUCUUCGACGCCGUAGCUGUUCUCCAGAUAUUUCCUUUACUGAUAAUCCGUAUUCUGAAUUUAGGCCAAUAUUGAAAAAUCAGAGGCGAUCAUCCCUGGAUGAAAUCGUUAAAAGAGACCAGAGCCCGGACCCUCAGCCUACUUCUAUAUUGAAAAGAAAAUCGUCUAGAGAAGAUGAUAGAGAAGAACGCCAAGUUGGUUCUUCAGAGCCACAGGGUAUCCUCAAAAGAAAAUCUACAAAUAGCCUACGUACAAGUAAUGUUAAUCAUCACGUGACUAUUACAAUGGAUGCAACAAGUGUGACUGGUCCUGAAAUACUUGAUAGCUCUGAAGUAAGGCCGAUACUAAAGAAAAAGCACAGCAGAGAGGAAUCAUUCGGUAGCGAUCCACCGUCUUUAGAACCACGUCCAAUAUUGAAGAAAAAGUCGAGCACAGAAUCGGAUGAACACGAUGAUAAACCAAAAAAGACUAUUUUGAAAUGCACGCGUAAGAAUUCGCAAGAAGAAUGCACUUACGAAACGGAAUUAACGUCGCCGAAGAAAUUGUCUAUGCUCAGAAAUCGUUCUAUUCAAGGUAAAACAUCCGGAGUGAUAGAAAAUGAUUCUGUGCGAUCUAUAUUAAAACAAUCGGGUAGUAAAGACAACGAAUCACGAGUCCGUUUGAACUUACACGAUGAAACAGUAGCUUCUAACGAAGCGUGUACUGAACCAACAGAUUUAUUUUUACGAAAAAGGGCACAAUCUGUGGGCCAUGUACAACCUUCAAGUAUUCUUAAUGAAUUCACUGGUGUACUUAACAAACGAAGAUCUCUAGAAUUAACGUCUAUGAGUGAUGUGUUACAAGAUAAGUUACAAACAAGAUUAACGACCAAUAGUAACUAUUUAAAGCCAGACCUUUCCCUGGGUGGUGAGAGUGCCAAUGUGUCUGCUAUUUUUUCUGACACGUUAAGCAGUGUAACGAAAGAAAGGUCUGCAGAGAAAGAGAAAGAGUCUGGGCCAGUACUUGGAAUCGAAGAAAAAGAUCAAGUAAUUGUUCAUGGACUUUCUGUAAAUAAUAGUAUCGACGAAAGUACUUUGCUCUCUGAUAAAAUGACUGACAACAAGGAAUAUACAAAUAACGAAGUAUUGACCUCGCAAAGGAAACAAGAUGAUACAGAUUUUCAAGAAAAUAACAGUGUACACCGCAGCAAUAGUGUUUCUAAAAUGGCGCUGCAUUUCAAAGCAUUGCAAGAGAAAGCUAAUUCUAAGGAGAAAGAGAAUUUAUCUCAGAAAACACCGAGCAAAGGUUCACGCGGGAUACAACGAUAUAGAGACCGUAAACUUCAAGGAAACGAUAGGUUCAGCACGCAGCCGGUAACUUUCCAAGAAGUACAGGAGGCGGUUUUACAAAAUCAACGUAACGCAACAUCGAAUGGGAAAUCAAGUUCGACAGAAGUUAAUUUAACCGAUGACGAAUACGAUCCAUCCAAAUUAAGCCUGGCGGAACGAGUGCGUCUCUUUAAUCAGAAGAUCGAUACUGAAAAAAGUGUAGUGUCCAACAAAAUGUCAGUGGAAAGGCACUUACGGAAACGACCUGCCACCCGUUACAAAACACAGCCAGUUACAUCCGAAGAGGUUGAAGUAGCAUCCAGGAUAUCUCCGUUAAAUGUCAUUCACCAAUAUUCCUCAGAUAAUACUUCAUCCUCAGAACUUCGAGAGCAGAUGCAUCUUUCUCAGGUUGACCUACCAAAAAGUACUUUAAAAUCAUUACCGUCCUUUUCACAAAAUACGUCUAGAACGAAGAGUCCUGAACUCGAAGGUUUAAAGUUAAUCAAAUCUGUACUUAAGAAAGAGGCGGAAGAGCAAGGACAACAGACGCUUGAGAAUUCUGAUUCCUCGAACCUUACUCUAAAAUCUAAAGUGGAAGAACGAAUGGCGGGAGAAACAGAAACUGAUUACUCUGCACAGUAUAAUUGGAGCAGUGGCUACAGUAUGGAAGGUAGGCAAUCUAAACUUAAACAGAUACACGUGCUUUUCCAUAGAAGCGAUACGCAACAUGAAUUAAGUAAAAUAAGAAUUAAAUCUGCGUUAGAUGAUAUAAACAAUGUUCAAACUGAAAUCACUGCAACCGAAAAGGAUGAAGAAACACUGCAAACAGCAGAUAACGAGGUGCCGUCGAGCGAGGAUUUGUUGUGCAACAUAAAGAAUGAAGGUGUACAUCGUCAGUCUAGUUUUUCAAAGCAAACCAGGUACGCCUCUUUGUUGAAGAGUGCUAGUCAUCACUCGAUUAGCAACAGAAGGCAUGAAACCGAAUUAUCUAGCGGAGCAGUACAGAAACAACACGGUAUAGCUCUUCCAGGAUUGUAUCGUAGCGCGACUCAGGCGAUACCAUUGGUGGAUACUAAUGAUGGCCCCAGCAUGAGUAUCGCUGAUCGAUUAGCGGCACUUCAGCGUAGCGGUAAUACGAAUUGGAAACGACGCAUAGCGUCAGAAUCAGUCAAUUCGACGGAUGGGGUAUCUACUAGUUCACCGGCUAAAGAAGAACUGAGCAUCAAACAAGGAGUACUCGCUGAUUGCCUUGGGAAGUUAGAGUCUGCCACAGAGGGAUGGAAGAAGAGAGUGGCUGUGUCGGAUGCAAUGAAGUUUACGGUAGCUGGUAGAAUGAAGGUAGAAUUACCGGAGAAGCUAGAAACGGGACCGAGUUCGCCACUCGUCGAAGUUACUGGAAGCAUUGCAGACAGAAAGAAGAAAACACCACGUCCCGAACGAUUCAGAGCUAAAAGGGGAUAUAUGAAAGAUGCUGUGUCCACGCCAACUAGUCCUAGCAAAGAUUCGUACAGUAAAUUACGUAUAAGCUUCUCUGAACCUACAAGUGAUGAUAGUGGAGAAGAAAGUAAGACAGAGAAAACUUUAUCGCCGACUGUAUCAAUACCCAAGAUAGAUGAUGAAACAUUCACCUCGUUUUUUACUGGAAUUUCUUUGGAGAAGUGUGAAGCUGAAUCUGUCGAUUUAAAUGAGAAUGAUUUUGAUAUAAUCACGUCGCAAUCGGAAUUGUUAGUUCAGAGGCGUAACAUACGAUUACAUAGGCGACGCAUUAUAUCUAGAAAUCCACUUCAAGCGUUAGCUGCUCGUACCGAUUUAAGAUCAGAGUAUACCGAAGUACGAACUGGUAUCGCGGAGAAAGUAAUGAAACAGUUGAACGUUGAAAAAUUGGCUAAAAAUUCAUCUUUAGCUAUGGAAGCUUUAGCUGGUCUGGCUUCCACUGAAGAUUUUAGCAACGUAACACUGAGAAACGUAGCAGAAUCGAAUGUCUCGCUAAAUAAACUGCAACCGUAUAAAGAUUUAAUGUUGAUCUUAAUUAAAGGAAGACGUCACGUACAAGUGAAACUAAUUGCCCCAGUCGCAGAGAAUAUUAAUAGCGGCGACAAUUUUGUAUUAGUGACAAAAACAGAGGUAUAUAACUAUGUUGGAAAAUACUGUAACGUUAUUGAGAAAGUUCGUGGCGCGAAAAUUGCGAUGACCAUUCAGCAAAACAAAGAUCUUGGUACUCAAGCAACUCAAGUUAUUACUAUUAACGAAGAUAAAGUAACGUGCACAAGAAGUCAAUUGCAAAAAUUCUGGAAUUAUCUUGGCGUUGAAAGUGAAAAUAUAGAUGUUAUCGAUGCUGGUCAUCCCGAUGAAGAUGAACUCUAUGAGACAACUAUGAUACAUACAAAUAUGAUAUAUGAAAUGAAGGGUGAAGAAUUGGUGCCUCUUGAUAAAUAUUGGGGUGCUAUACCAAAAAUUGAAAUGCUCGAUCCAAAUAAGGUUCUAGUGUUCGAUUUUGGCAGUGAAAUGUACAUAUGGAGUGGGAAGGGAGCAUCUGUCGAUAAGAAGAAGAUUGCAACGAAUCUCGCUACAGAAAUGUGGAAAGAAGGAUAUGAUUACUCGGAAUGUGCUGUGUGCCCAAUUAAUGCGGCGUCCAUGCUCGGAAGGCGUACCGUAUCUCAAAUGGAUUCUAAAUCUGCCAAAGUCAGACCUAAAUGGUGCUUGUUCGCUAAAUUGACGCAACACGUAGAAACGAUACUUUUUAGGGAAAAGUUCCUCGAUUGGCCGAACGCUUCUGGGAUUAUACGAGUUCGCGGUGAAACGAGCAAAGAACAGGUCGAUGGAACAAUAGUUAUAGAACCGUGCAAUAUUAAUAAUUUAUUAGAGGAAAAUACUAGUCCUGUUGAUUUGGUUCUUGAAGGAAGCCAUUUGGGUAGAGGUACUGGUUGGUACGAUGAUGAGAUGAUGAAACAAUACGUUGUUAUGACAACGAGUGUAGAAGUAUGGCACAUCGAUGAAUUCUCUCAUACUCUUUUGGAUGAUACAUCCAUUGGACAAUUUUACUCUGGAGAUAGCUAUAUUGUACAUUGGAUGUAUUCGGUUACCAUUACUGGUCGCGAACUAAGCGGUAUGCCUUCAAAGCACUCUUCAAAAGGCCGUGACCGUUCGGUUUAUUUCAUUUGGCAAGGGCAGAGCGCGUCUUUAAACGAACAAGGUGCAGCAGCGUUACUAACUAUCCAAUUAGAUAACGAUCAAGCACCUCAGAUUCGUGUAGUCCAAGGACACGAGCCAGCCGCAUUUCUAAACUUAUUCUCUGGUGGAAUGAUAGUACACUGUGGCAAGAAAAAUGAUAAAAAACAGGACGAACGGUGGCGAUUGUAUAUAUGUCGAGGUACUCUAGAGUCAGAGGUGUCUUUAACGGAGAUUCCUUGUAGCACUCGUCAAUUAAGGAGCAGAGGUUCUCUUCUAUUACUAGACUCUGAAAACAACAAGAUUUAUGUGUGGCAUGGAUCUAAUGCGUUACCUCAUAUUAAAAAGGGUGCAAAUAAUGCGGCUAAAAAAUUACAAGAGAAUAGACCGCAGGAAACUCGUUUGUCCUCCGAUGGUGACAUAGAAAUCGUGGAGAUUAAUGAAGGAACUGAACCGGAAGAAUUCUUUAAUGCGUUGGGAGGGAUGAAUAAGUCAUUGUACGUAUCAUUAGAAAAAGACCAAUCGCAGGAACAUACUCCAAGACUGUUCCAUUUAUCAAGCAUUUCUAAAGAAUUUAAGCCUGUGGAAAUACUGUGUCCUCAUCGUGCUUCUUUAUCGACUCCAUUCCCUUUUCUACAAGAAGACUUGUACCAAGUAAAUCAGCCAGCUUUGUUUUUGCUGGAUAACAAAAACGAACUGUGGAUAUGGCAAGGUUGGUGGCCUGAUACUGGAGCGGAGGAUCAAUCUGGAAGCAAAGCGGUCAGAUGGCAGGCUGAAAGAAGAGCAGCCAUGACGACAGCUAUGCAAUAUUGGCAGAGCUUGCAUCCGGAAACUACGAAGUUUCCAAUUUAUCUAGUCUGGGCUGGUCUCGAACCAUUGCAAUUUAUCAAUUUAUUCCCGACAUGGAAAUACCGGGACGAUAUUGCAGAAAUAAAUAUAGAGGACGGUCGUAAUCCUGGAGAAGUAUUGUCCGUGGAGAGCGAGUUGGCGCGAUUAACGAAAAGCACGUAUCCCCCUGCUCAAUUAUUACAACGACCUUUACCGGAAGGAGUGGAUCCUACACAUUUGGAAUUGUAUUUAUCUCAACAACACUUUGAAGAGCUACUAGGAAUGAGUAAAGAACAAUUUCAAGAGCUUCCAGUUUGGAAACAAGUAAAUAUUAAAAAAGAAAUAGGGCUUUUCUGAUGAAACGCCCUUAUUGUCGAUCCUACGAGUAAUAGCUGCCCCUGUAAAGCGUUUAAUAAAGUUUUUGUUAAUUGUUUUAUGAUGUUUAUAACAUUCAAAUUUUUUAACUUCUCAAUAUAUGGAUUCGCGUUAAAAUGCGUCUGAAGUUGCCUAUCAACCGAAGAAGAACUAAUACUAUAAUGCAGUUAAAGAUGUUUACUAUUGUCUCAAAUAUAAUAUAUAUACUAUACUUAUACAUACAUAUAUAUAAAUAUAUAUAGAUAGGUAAUUAUAUAUUUUUAAUACAUAUUAAACAUAAAUUGGCUUGUGAAUAUUUCCUUUAUAUUUGUAUGGGCUUUAUAUUCAUUGAUAAUACAAUAUGUUUUAGAAUGGCUUAUUCUUACAUGUGUAACAUUUGUACAAGAGUGACUGUAUUCUUUACAACAUACUCUGUGUUUUUGAACAGUAUUCAAUGAAAUUUCUCAAUGUUGCCUUGAGUCUUAUUUCGUAGUCCUUUAUACUCCCUCAAUUUUUUUCUUUAAAAACAAGUUUUUCUGCAUUAUCCCAACAUACGCGAUACACGAUUUUAAAAUAAUUUUAUCUUACAUCCUCUUCGU